AUGAGCAAUUGUUACAAUAGGACUUAUAUUUUAAAGGCAAAUUAACCUUAAAUAAAAUAAGAAAAUAGAUCAAGCAGUAAUUAUAUGGGCUACAAUUAAAAGCCUACUUAAAAUGUUUAAGAAUAUACAAUGAAAUAUUCUGAAAAAACAUAAAACAAAUUCUUAGGUGCUUAUUUUGGAGAUAGAUAAACUAGUGUUUAACAUAGUACAAAUAAUUAUAUCUCACAUAAUUAUAGAUAAAACAUUACUCCUAAUUACUAAGAUUAAAAAAAUGAGUUAUAUUUUAAAUCUUACUUGUAAGAUAAUAAUAAAACUGCUAAUAAAGGAUAAAUCCUUCAAUAGACACUGAAUUAAAAAAAUAGCUAUGAAAAUAAUUUGAACUUAUCAAAUAAUUAUUAGAAAAACUUUGAAUAAACAAAGUAUUUGAUAGGAACUUAACCUUCUUAUUUAACUAAAAUAAUUGAAAAAAAUAACAUUGAAAAAUAUUAGAAAAAUUAAGAUAUCUAUAAAUAAUAGAAUUCAGCAAAAUCUUAAUAUUAAUAUUAAAAUUAUUAAAUAAAUUAACAUUUGCAGAAUGAAAAUUAUACUUACAGCUAAACUAACUAAAAUAAUGUGACUACUCAAAAUAUUCAUUAUCUAAGAACAACUACUAGUUCUUCCAUUACUAAUAGAAAUUUAAACUCUCCAUAACCAAAAUAACAAAAAAGCAUUAUAAACUAAAAUUUAUAAUAAUUGUAAAAUGCAUCUAAAUUCGACCCUCACUCAUAGAUAAAUUAAUAAAAGGCAUUGCAUUAAUUUGUCAAAUAGACAUCUAAUAGCUAACUAAAUUCAAAUAAAAUUGUAUAGUAAGAAGACUACAAUCAGUAUAAUAAUUAAUAAUAUGGUUAUUCCUUUUAAAACUAUUAAAAAAAAGAGAGGAAUUCAAAUUUAUAAAGUAAAGAUCAUAUCAAUCCAAAUAAUGAAGCUUCAUAAAUAAAUAACUAAAGUUAAAAAAUAAAUUAGACGCUCAUUUAAAAAAGUUAAUCAAUUUAAAAUGAUAACCAAAGUAUAAUCAAAAAGUAAGAUUAAGCAUCUUUUAACUCAAAUUCAUCAUAAAAUAAUAUUAGAAAUAAAGACUAAACAAGAGAUUCUGCUUCAUAAAGUUCUUCAAGAAGUUUGAUCACCUCUUAAAAUAAAUUUGAGUUAGCCAGUUAUGAGAAAUCUGAAUUAAAUAAUUUAAAGAAAUAGUAAAUAUAAUCUUAAAAUGUAAACUUAAGAGCUCAAGAAGACAAUUUAAUAAAAGGUAAUUAACAAUCAAAUAUUAGCUCUUCAAAUACAAAUAAAAUGCAAAAUAACUCUUAACUUAAAAUGUAAGAAAAUAAUUAGAAUAAUGCUAAUUGCGAAAGCUAAAACAAAACUUAAAAAAGUUUAGCUGAUACUUAAACUAAUUUAUUGUAAAAUUAAGAAAAUUCUGUAUCUGAGCACUUAGAGCUUUCAAAAAAAAACCCUCUCCAGUAAAAUUAAUAAAAAUCUAAUUAGGAUAAUUAAAAGCAACAAUAACUUGAUAAUGAAAGUUAGACUUAAAAUUUAACUUCUCAAUAAAAUAAUGUGAGUUCAAGAAACGGAAGAAUGGUUGAAUAGAGUUUUUAAGCUAACAAAAGGAGCUCGACAAAUGAUUAAGCCCAGAAAAAAACCUAAUAUAAUUAAAAAUAGAACGACUCUAUAUAGUAGAUUUAUUACACGUAUGAACAAUAAUUAAAUAAUAAAGAGGCAAAAAGUAGUAAUACUAGAAACAAUCAAUAUGUUAUCGAAUCAAAAGAUUUAAAUAAUAGCUAAUAUUUUGAUAAAAUAAAAAUAGGUCUACCAAAUAUUGGUUUAACAUGCUAUAUUAAUUCUGCAAUUUAAACUCUAAGGUAAGUUUACUAUUUUGAUUAAAAAAUAUUUGAAAACCCUGGCUUUUCUAAAGAUUUUUAACAACUAUUUCAAUUCAUGGAAGAAAGAAAUACUUCAAAAAUUACAUUUUUGAUUUAAAAAAUAGUUGAAAAAUCUAAAUAAAAUCAGAAACACACUUUUGGUGGAGAUGCCUACAUGUGUGUUUAUAAUCUUCUUUCUGAAAUUAAAAAAUCUUUACCUGAUAACUAAAAAUAAUAAUUUGAUGAUUUGUUUUUGCGUAAUUAUAAAGAUAAAUUAAAGUGUGGUAGAUGUAAAAGGUAAAAAAUUCCAAAUGAUAAUUAAUUUAUAACCUGUUUAGAUUAUUAAGAAUUUGGAUACGAAUGCAGUAAAUUAGAUGAUGCCUUUUAAGAUAAUAGUGAUUUAGAUUUGUUUAAAGAGAUAAAUAGUGAUGAUCUUAUUUGCCCUUAAUGUAGAGACUAACUGUAGUCAAUCAGAAAAUAUAAAUAUGCACCUAAGUUUAUGCUAAUAAGAUUACUAUCUUUUAUUCCAAAAGAACGAUGUCCAGAAAUCUUAAAAAAAAAAUUCGAAUAUUUAGUAAACUUAAAAACAACUUAAAAAUAUGAAAUAAUUGGAUUCUGUAAUUAUUAUGGGUAUCACUAUACUUAUACUGCAAAAUACAAUAAUAAGUGGAUUGAAUUUAAUGAUUCAAAUUCUUACGAAGUAAGUCCAGAUUGUUCUAAAGCAAUUUAUUUUCUAUUGAAAAGAAUAUGA